AUGGAGACUAUGAAAUACAUCAAACUUUGUGUCACUGUUGUUACCUUACUCCAGCUUCUGAACGCGAAAGUUGAGGCUAUCAUGAUCAUGCUUGCCACUGAAUCAACAAUAAAAGAAGAAACAGAGAGAGCUCUUCUCUGUUUCAAUUCUAUCGCUCCUCUCUCUUCUCCAAGGCUCCAACUUUCGUCUUUCGCUUCACCAGUUUUCAUCCUUAAACCCAACACCAUCGAGUCAAAGAACAGAGUCUCACUUAGUGGUUACAACUUGAGCAAUAGCCAUGGAAGAGCAGCAAUUGUGAAGGCAGCUGUUUCUGGCGUGGACGGAGCUGAGCCCGAGAGCAAUGAGGAGGCACCUAAGACUGUUGUCGCUGCUGUCCCAGUGGACAAACUACCGUUGGAAUCAAAAGAAGCCAAAGAGAAGCAACUGCUAGAACAGAGGAUGAAGAUGAAGCUGGCCAAGAAGAUUAGGCUACGCAGGAAACGCCUGGUUCGUAAGCGUAAGUUGAGGAAGAAGGGUCGAUGGCCACCUUCCAAGAUGAAGAAGCUCAAGCAUGUUUAGAGAUGAUUAUCAUGACUCUUUGCUCUGUUUUUUAUUUAACUUUUUUUUGUAAUGUUGUUUGUAUAAGCAUCGUUUUUUGGAUUAAAAUCUCAAGUUGAGUAAGUUCUUUAAAAAGAUCCAUUACA